CCUCAGCCUUAUAAGACUUGAACCACACCAGCCAGACUUGAAGGUAUAUGCUUCUCAGCUGGACUCCUUCAAUCGUGUUCUGUAUCAAACAAAGCCCGUGCCGAAUGGAUAAUAGGAUGAGAGUCAUGUUCGCGUUGCUAGCGAUUACCGCCUUAUCAAUGCGGAACGUCCAAGCCAUAGGUGGAGAACAUUUCUGCGAGGGUUUUGGGCAAGACCGAGAGAAGGUUUUAUGGGCUAGCUUGAAGUCCGCUGACGCCGAAUGGGAGCUCGAUCCGAUCGGCUCUCUCCAUGACGAGAGAAGUGCAGAAGACUGUGCUAGAGCUUGUCACGAGACCUCAACUUGCAUUGCCGCCGCAUGGACGCCAUCAGAGCCUGAGACAGGGGCCUGUAAGCUGUACAACGAAUAUCCGUCCGAACUCCGAACUCUCCCUAUGAUCGGAACGGUUGGCGAGGAGCGGAUUAUACUUCGGGGGGAAUGUCACGAGCGUAAAGCCCCAGUUCAUCGGAGUCCACCUUGUUGUCAGAUGACACUGUAGCUAGAACGCUCAGUUUGUGGUCGCUCACGUCUAUCAAGUACCAGCGGACUUUCAAGCGAGUGGAAUGGUGAAACGUAUCCCUCGAUGCUUCUCUUCCAUGUACCAUGAGCCGGCG